AUGCGGGCGAUUCUGGCACAAUCUUCAGAUCUUGAUGAGGCGCUGGACGGUUUCGGAGGAAAAGGGCAGAAGUCAUGGACCGCUGAAGAGAAGCGGAAGGAUCGUAAGGCUCUGUCUCUAAUUCAACUUCAUCUACAUAAUGAUAUUUUGCAAGAAGUGCUGCAGGAGAAAACUGUCGCAGAACUUUGGCUCAACCUGGAAUCGAUCUGCAUGUCUAAGGAUCUAACCAGUAAAAUGCACAUGAAGAUGAAGUUGUUCACGCACAAGCUGCAAGAAGGUGGUUCGGUGAUGAACCACUUAUCGAUCUUUAAGGAGAUCGUUGCCGACCUAGUGUCAAUGGAGGUAAAAUAUGAUGAUGAAGAUUUAGCUCUUCUACUGUUAUGCUCACUGCCUACUUCGUUUGCAAAUUUCCGAGAUACCAUACUAUUAAGCCAUGAUGAACUUACCCUCGCGGAAGUAUAUGAGGCCCUCCAGACAAGGGAGAAGAUGAAAGGUAUGGUUCAGUCUAAUGUGUCGUCCUCCAAGGGUGAAGUGUUGCAGGUUAGAGGCAGGCCCGAGCAGAAAACCUACAACAACAACAAUAAUCGAGACAAGAGCAAGAACGGUAAAGGUCGUUCAAAGUCCAGAGGCAGAGAUAAGUUCUGUAGAUAUUGUAAGAAAGAUACUCAUGUCAUUGAGGAUUGUUGGAAGUUGCAGAAUAAGGAGAAAAGAAACGGUACGUAUAAACCAAAAAAUAAAUCCGAUGGUGAUGGUAAGGCCUCUAUUGUCUCCGCUGUUGAUAAUUCUGAUUCAGGAGAUGUUUUGAUUGUUUUUGCUGGUUGUGUUGCUAGUCGUGAUGAAUGGAUACUUGAUUCUGCAUGCUCGUUUCAUAUAUGCUCUAACAAAGAUUGGUUCAGUUCUUACAAGUCUGUGCAGAGUGGAGAUGUCGUGCGAAUGGGAGAUAACAACCCACAUGAGAUCGUGGGCAUUGGCUCCAUUCAGAUCAAGAUGCAUGAUGGCAUGAUACGCACACUGAAAGAUGUGAGACACAUACAAGGGAUGGCCAGAAAUCUCAUCUUCCUCUGCACACUUGAUGCUAAGGGGUACAGACACUUUGGUUCAGGUGGAGUGUGUAAGGUAUCAAAAGGCUCUCUCAUUCAUAUGAUAGGUGAUAUGAAUUCUGCAAAGUUAUAUGUUCUUAGAGGAAGUACUUUACAUGGUUCCGUCACUGCUGCUACUGUUUCUAAUGAUGAACCAAGUAAAACUAAUCUCUGGCAUAUGCGUCUUGGGCAUAUGAGUGAACUUGGUAUGGCAGAAUUGAUCAAGAGAGACCUGCUGGAUGGCUGCACUAUGGGUAAGAUGAAGUUCUAUGAGCACUGUGUUUUUGGUAAGCACAAGAGGGUAAAAUUCAAUGCAUCUGUUCAUACCACCAAAGUUGAUACUUUUGCUACCUUUAAAGAGUGGAAAGUUAUGAUAGAAAGACAAACUAAAAAGAAGUUGAGAGUUUUCGGUUGCACUGCUUAUGCUCAUAUUGAUAAUGGAAAGCUAGAACCUAGAGCCAUUAAGUGUCUGUUUCUUGGUUAUGGUUCUGGAGUUAAAGGAUAUAAGUUAUGGAAUCCUAAAACUAAAAAGACUUUCAUGAGCAGGAACAUUGUUUUCAAUGAAUCUGUUAUGUUUAAUGAUAGCUUGUCCACAGAUGUUUCACCAGUUGGUUCUGAUGAGGAGCAGGAACAUGUUAGCGUGCAGGUGGAGCACGUAGAUGAUCAGGAAACUAAAAUUGUUGAUAACAAUGUUCAUGAUAUUGUUCAGUACUCACCUCCUGUUUUGCAACCACAAAAUCAGUCUAUUGCAGAUCGCAAAACAAAGAGGAGUUGUGGACCUCGUCCACGUUUAAUUGAGGAAUGUGAUAUUGUUCAUUAUGCCUUUAGUUGUGCUGAACAGGUUGAGAACAUUCAUGAGUCGGCUACGUACACUGAAGCUGUUGUUUCUGGUGACCGCGAGAAGUGGAUUUCCGCUAUGCAAGAAGAGAUGCAUUCACUUGAGAAAAAUGACACAUGGGAUGUUGUGCGCUUGCCUAAACACAAGAAGACCGUUCGUUGCAAAUGGAUUUUCAAAAGAAAGGAGGGUUUGUCUCCUACUUUACAAUGUGCUAAUACGGAUGAGGAUUUUGAGUACAUGUCAAGAGUUUUAUAUUCUAGUGUUGUUGGUUCUUUGAUGUAUGCCAUGGGUUUGGUUAGUAGAUACAUGGCUAAUCCUGGUAAAGAACAUUGGAAGACUGUUCAGUGGACUUUUAGGUACCUUCGUAGUACAACAAAUUGCUUGUUUGAAGUUUGGUAG